AUGGGCCACCGUCACCACAUGGACGAUGCUUCGUCCGUCUCGAGCUACUCGUCCAGUGGAUCUUCCCGUUCGUCCUCGAGGUCGUCCUCGAGCUCGGGAAGUUCCAAGAAGUCAAGGUCGUCCCAGGUGUCCCAUUCUAACAUCAAGAGCGACCAUUGGGCUGUCUCCCUCAUGAAAUACACUGCUGGGGCUCCUUUCGGCAAGCCAAUGUCCCUGCGGAAGACCAAAGUCCACGAGUUCCAAGAAGAUUGGGACUACGACGACGACGCCAGCGUCUACAGCAAUAUCUCGUACACCACAUACGCCUGGGUCAAACCAAAAUGGGACGACAGCAUUUCCGAGAUCGCCUCCAGGUCCGACAGCCGGAGCAGCGGACGGCGUCGCAGGGCACCGAACGAACAUGGCCGGCCUCGCUUCACCGUGCCCCCACAUACGCACCAGCACCCACCCCCGUUCAAUCACCCGCCGCCGCCGCCUCCGCAGUUCAUGCCGCCUCCGGGUGACCCUAUGUACGACGAGAGCCCCGGCUUCUUCGAUAUGAACACUGAAUUCUACCCCCCACCGCCGCCGCCUCCUCCUCCUGUCAGUAGCGGCGGUGCUCCGGCCUUCUUCGAUCUCAGUGGUGGUGGUGGUGGCGGCGGCGGCGGCAACCACCCAGGAAAGUACGAUGACUGGGAGUAA